AUGAUGGAUGAUUUUCAUCAUCGUAGAAUGCGUCAAUUUCGAAUUGCAUAUACAGCAACUUUAUUAUUAAUUAUUAUCGUCAUUAAUUAUGCUCUAUUUAGUCCAAAUUGGCGUGAUCUGAUAUUUUCUGAUAGUUAUUAUUUGAUAAAUCCAUAUGAUAAUGAGACGAUAAAAGAGAGUGUAGCAAUGGAAAUGGCUAAUGUCACCAUAAAUGUCGCAAAAUUUUUAAAUGAACCAAAAUUAGUGAUGCCACGACGAAUGGGUAUUUUAAGAAAUCGUUGUUCAAAUGAUGAUAAUGAUAAUGAUAAUGAUGAUGAUGGUGAUGAUGGUGAUAAGAAUGAUUCAAAUGAGAUAACAUUAUCAGCUGAAAAUGAUAUGAUAAAUUCAAAUUGGAGUAUGGAAAUGGAUUUAAUUGAAAAUCAUUCAAUUUCACAAAAUAUUUAUAAUUCAUCAUUUAAACAAUUGAAUAAUACAAAUCAAUUUUGUUCCUUAUGGUAUUCGGAAAAGCCAAUAUCGGAUACUAUUGUUAUGGUUUUAAUUAUUUUUAUAAGCCUUCUUGAUUUUGUGGCUUUAAUAAUAGCACUAAUUGAUUAUGAUCUUCAACUUAUGUGCAAAAUGUCACCUGUCGCAUCGUUAUUACAAUUAAAUUUGAUUUUAGCAUUUUUUUUAACCACUGCUAUUGCUUUAUAUGCUUAUCAAAAUAAGGAAGCUCUUGGUUAG